ACAUCCACAUCCACAGGCGCGAAGCAGACUCACACCAUCAGCGUUGGAAACGGCGACCACAAGAUGAGGCCAGACGUAACCCAGGCUGAGAUUGGAGACAUCAUCGAAUUCCGCUUCUUUCCCCCGAAUCAUUCCAUUGUCCGCGCCGAGUACACAUUCCCAUGCAUACCAUACGAGAUGACGGGGAAGGGGAAAGUUGGAUUCUUCUCUGGUUUUCAUCCUGUGGAUGCUGUGUUGCCAAAUCCUCCGAAGUGGACGAUUGCGAUAAAUGAUACAUUUCCAAUAUUCUUCUAUUGUUCCGCAAAGGGUUCGUGCAUCGACUACCAAAUGGUCGGCGUUAUCAAUCCGAAUGCGAGCACAUCUCUAGAGAUCCAAAGGCAGUACGCAAAGAAUUCGUCAUUCAUGCUACAACCCGGGGAGCAGUUCCCUUCUGAAGGCGGAACUUCUUCUAUCUCUUCGAUCACGAGCUACACUUUAGCCUCGUCCACAUCGACCCCCACACCUUCUAACAGCUAUAGUACUGCAGCUACAUCAACAAUAGCGGCCAUAGCAGUCUCCUCUUCCCGACUAGCGCUGGCGCCAGGUGCUAUAGCCGGGAUAGCGAUAGCAGGACUUGCAAUCGUUGUCCUUGCCGCG